AUGUCUACCGGAGGACCUGUCAAGAGAACCAACAACAUCAAAAGACCUGAUGUUGGCGUUAGAGACAAGAAAUUGGAUGUCUUGAAAGCCCAAUUGAAAAAGAUCGACACUGAGGUUCAAGCUAUCAGGAAGCAGAUCGAUCAACAGCAAGCUGGUGGUGGUGGUCAGGAUCAGAGACAGGAGCUGCAAAAUGAGCUGCGCUCCAUCAUCAAGACUCAAAGUGACCUCAAGACUCGUAGACAGGCUGUUCACGAUCAGAUCAAAAAUUUGGAUAACGAAUUGAAGCGCAAAAAGGCCCAGAUCGCCACAAGAACUGGUGGCAAGGCGCAAUACCAAUCCACCGAGGACAUUGCUUCUCGUAAGCAGGCCAUUGAUGCCGACAUCUCGUCUGGUGAACUUUCAUUGGUUCAAGAAAAAUUGUUGGUCAAGGAAUUGCAGUCCCUCAACAAGCUGCAACGUGAUUUGCAAGCCAUUGAACCCGUUCGUAAAUCGAUGGAAGAGGACAGAGCGUCCAUUGCUGCCUUGAAGCAGGAACUCAACGAGUUGAACCCCAAGGAAGUGUCCAACAAGUUCGAGGCUACCCAGCAAAAGCUGAACGAGGUCCAAUCCAAAAACCAAGUCGUCUACGACAAGCGUCAGACAUUGUUCAACAAGCGUUCUGCCUUGUACAAAAAACGUGACGAAGUUUACUCGCAAAUCAACCAAAUUCGCUCUGAUUUUGAUAACGAGUUCAAAUCUUUCAAGCAAAAGCUAGAAAAAGAGCGUUUGAAGCGUGAAGAAGACCAAAAACUGUCCAAGUUGUUGGAAGAGAAGGAUGCGAUUGUCGGUAAGUUGCAGGAAAAACUCUUACAUGCCCGUCAACCAGCUUUCACUUACGAGAUCACUGCCAUCGAGAACGUCUUGUGUGUUCUCGACCCCACGUACGUUAAGCCUACCAAAAACUCCUUGAAUCUUCCAGCUGACUCUUCUGCUGCCAACAAGCAACCGGUUAGAAAAGUGGAGGCUGACGAUUUGGUCCCAAUCGUCAAAGACAAGGCUGCGGACUUUUUCAGCGGCAGUGGCAGCAAGUCUAAGAAAAACAAGAAAAAGCAAGCUACUUCCGCAAAUGCCACCACAGCCUCUGGAAAGUUCUCUUUGGAACCAACUUUGAUUGCGACCUUGGCCGAGCUAGACGUGACCGUGCCUUUGAACAAGGAAGAGGUACCAAGUGUCAUCGAACAACUAAAGGCCAAGCAUGAAGACUACACCUCUAGACAAGAAGAGCAAACUGAAAAGAACAUCGCUGAUGCCGAGGCUAAGUUGAAGGCCCUAGAUUUGGAGUACACGAAGAAAGAAGAAGCUGUGAAAGCUGAGCUUGAGCAGAAGAGAAUCAAGGAGCAAGAAGAAUCCAAGGAGGAUGAAGAAUAA